UGUUUCUUACCGCGGGAAGACGUAAACAGAAGUCAUGUAACAGUAGUACCACCAUUACCAUCAAAAGCAAACACCGUAAGGAUGAGACGAUCUGCAGCUCCAUCACAGCUGCUGAAAAGAGCACAGUUCAGACCUCCAUUUGCCAGUCAGCCACCAGCCAAACGACCUUGUCUUGAAAGGCCACAUUCAGCUCAGGAAAGACAAUCAGAAUCUCAGGAAACCGAAGCCCCACCACAGUCUGCCUCUAAACAACCCCUUCGAACUACAGCAGAUAUUCUAUCCUUGUUGAAGAAGCCACAGAAUACCCAAUGUGAUAAUCAGAAUAAUAAACCUAGUAACUUGCCAUCAGGUGCCAUUGCCGUAAAGUACCCCUUAAGUGAAACAAAAAGGUACAGAGCCCCAGGUUUAUCCUCAUCAUUCAAGUCUGUUGGCCUGAAACCAGGGGGAGGGCAAGGAUCCAGGGCUGGAAGUUUGGCCCAAGGAGGCAUAGAAAAUGAGCAGCCACAGGAGACAAGGUAUUUCUCUGUUGUGUGGUGCAAGCUGUCACGCAAGAAACACAAGAACUGGGAAGGGGAUGCAGUGCUUAUAGUGAAAGGAAGAUCAGUUAUUCUUAAGGAUACUGAAGGAAAGGAGAUUGGUCGUGCAUCUGGAUACAAGUUGGCAGAUUUGGGAACAUUAGAAGAGGGAAACACUCUUCCAAUUGGAGGCAAGGAAAUCGAGGGUCCCUAUGGAGGAAUGCCAGUAGUGAGGAGGGCUCUGAUUGUAACGCCUUCAAGUCUAACUAAUAACUGGGGCAAAGAGUUUAAAAAGUGGCUUGGAAAGGAAAGAAUACAGCCAUACAUUGUUGAUCAGAAUCAUAAGGCAGAGGAUUUCAUCAAACAACAACACUCAGCUGUGAUGAUUAUAUCAUACGAAAUGUUUAUGAGAUGUGCUGAAGUAAUUGACAGUUAUAAUUUUGACAUUUUGUUCUGUGAUGAGGGACACAGGCUUAAGAAUGCCAAUAUCAAGACAACUUCACUACUCUGUAGUUUGAGCACCAGAAAAAGGAUCAUUCUAACAGGAACUCCCAUUCAGAAUGAUUUACAGGAACUAUAUGCCUUAGUAGACUUUGUGAACCCAGGAGUCCUUGGUACAUCUGCCUCUUUUAGAAGAAUAUAUGAAGAACCUAUAAAUGCAUACCAGCAACCAAUGGCAACAGAUAGUGAGAAGGAAUUAGGAGAAACACGAGCAGCACAGCUUAAUAGGACUACAUCACUCUUCAUCCUCAGACGUACACAAGAAAUUAUUAACAGGUAUCUGCCACCUAAGGUUGAGUACGUAGUGUUCUGCCAGCCCUCUGAAACACAGUUGAUGCUUUAUGAUGAAAUUGUUGGGUGCAAGACUCUUCGACAGUGUUUGAAUAGUAAUGAUGUAGGAGAUCAUCUGUCAGCCAUUAUGGCUCUUCGUAAACUUUGUAACCAUCCUGCACUUUUGGCACAAGAUAAUGAACAACAUUCACACAAAGAAAUGGCAAUGGAAUUAGCUAGUUUGCUUCCUGAACACAUAAAAUAUAACCAAUUUGAUGAGGCUGAUAGUGGAAAAUUGGCUGUAGUGUCAUGCAUGUUAUGGUCACUUGCUGAAGCUGGUGAUGAGAAAAUUGUUCUUGUAUCCAACUACACAUCAACCUUAGAUAUGCUGGCUAAUUUAUGUGAGCGCUACAACUAUCAAUACUUGAGACUCGAUGGUUCAGUCCCAACAGGGAAGAGGCAAGAAUUGGUGGACAGAUUCAACAAUAAGUAUUCCAAAGACUUUGUCUUUCUCUUAAGUGCAAAGGCUGGAGGAGUUGGUCUAAACCUUAUAGGAGCCUCAAGGAUCCUUCUCUAUGACAUAGACUGGAAUCCUGCAACAGACCUUCAAGCCAUGGCACGUGUGUGGAGAGAUGGCCAGCAGAAAAAAGUAUAUAUUUACAGGUUGUUAAUGACAGGAUCUUUAGAUGAGAAAAUGUAUCAGAGACAAGUUAGAAAGCAAGGACUGAGUGGAGCUGUAGUUGAUGCUCGCGACUCAGAGCGAGUUCACUUCUCCACUAAAGAACUCAAGGACUUGUUCACACUUCAUUCAAACACUGUCUGCCUAACACAUGAUAUGCUACAGUGCUCAUGUGAUCUUACAGGCCAGACUAUUGCAGUGCCAAACACUGAAGAAAACACUGAACCAGAGAGAUCUUGUCAACUUGGAGACCAUGGCCAGUCCAGAUCCAGUUCUAACACUACAAUGGACCAGUUACAGAAGUGGUAUCAUAGUGCUGCACCUUUCUCCCCAGAGAUUAUAAGGGAUCCUUGUGUAGAGGCUGCCAAUGACUUCAUAACUUUCCUCUUUCAUAGUGUGUCUGACAGCUCAGUGAAGGGGAGGUUUGCUGUUCAGACUGAAGCUUGAGAAUGGAUCACAUUAUUAUUUUGUAUUGGAUAUAAUGUAUGGAAAUGUAACUGAUUAAGUAGAUAAUAAUACUGCUGUGGUAAAAACAGGCAAAUGUUUUUUGUACCUUAUAUUAUAAGAAUAUUUAUUAAAUUUAUUAAUGUUUGAAAAAAAUUAUUACCUUCAUUAAAGGAACAGUCAAUUAGCUGUUGGUUUUUGUAUUUUUAGGUAAUUUUAUUGCAUACAGAUGGCUCCACAACUCAGCCACCAAGGAGCCAAUUAGUAGGCCCUAUGUGGCUCCACCUGAUGUUCUUUUCUUUUUUUUGGGGGGAUGGGGGGGGAGAUACCAUUAAGAUCAGUACUGUUGUUCUUAUUGACACUGUGAUUGUUCUAACAUUAUCAAAAUGCCAUUAGCCAAAAUUUAACCAUGGAAAAGGGUAACUAGGUGAAGUACAUUUGACCAGUAAUUGAUUCCAAUGCGCUUGUGGAGCCAGCAAUGUGUUAAAUUAGAAUCAGUAGACAUGAAAUGCCACCCUGGCACAGUGAUUUAAUGUUACCGUCCUGAGUGCCAAAAUAGGCCUAGGAAAUUUUGGUUAAGGAACUAGAAAAAUAUAACAAAAGGCACACAUUUGGAAUUAUAUUUAUGAUUUGUGAACUUCACCAUUUUUUAAACUGUAGUGUAGAAUUCAUGUUUUUUUUUUUUCAAAGAUCAACUACUGUUAGGUUUUCAGUUGCUCUUUAAAAAAAUGUAGGUUUCAAAUGCAACCAUCACUUGGGGCUGUAGCUCCUGUAACAAAGUUGAAAUCAAGAAAAUUCAAUUUUGAGCAUUGAGACCAUUUUAAGUAUCUAUAUUUUGUUGAAAGUACUAUCUAUCAAGAAAGCUCAAACUUUCUAGUUGUAUGUAAGGAUGGCAGUGCCAAACCCAAAUUUUACAUUUUUUUUUUACAGUUCUUGGUAACUUUGUUUUUGAUAUGAGGCAAAGGAUUCUAAAUAUGUCUUCAGAUUUGCUAUUCAACCCCUCUAGUGGCCAAAAAUAAAAAAUAAAAAUUCAGAGUAUAAAAUUUGUAAUCUACAUGAUGGCUCCAGUAUAUAAAUUAAAGGGUACAAGGCUUACUUAGGAUCAGUGUUCAUUCCCUGCUGGACAUGCAAACCAGUGACAUAGCCUGGAAAUUAAUUCCCAAUACUUAAACGCCCAAGAAGAGGGUAGCUUUGCUAAAGGCAUCUUAGCCAUUCCUUUGUACGGACAGGAGUUUUUUUAAGCUACAAACCCUUGGACUUUUGGCCAUUGCACAGGAACUCAUCCUUAGUCUUGCAGCCACAAAUAGUGGCAAACCUUGAUCUGUUAACAAUCAAUUCAUUUUCUCUUGUUAUUCCAUAGUAAAUAAUUCUCUACAAAUAUAUACACUAGGGCCCCAAAAGUCAUUUAGGACCACUAUAACUGCAAAGUCUGGGUGAUUUAUAUUAUUUACAGGAUGUUAAAAAAAAUCAUGUUGAAGAUUUCAAAAAUAUGAUUUUCAGACUUUCAAGAUGGUUUUUCAGUCAUAAAAUUUUACCCAAAUAUUUGCAAAGGCUGAAACUUCACAAACAUAUGUAGUUGACAUUGAAUUGAUUGAAGGGGUUAUCUAAGUUUGGGCUUACAGGGAACAAGAAAUAGUCAUGACCUUUCAUUAGAAAUUGACAAUUGACAUACCAUGUGAAUCAAGAAAUUUUUCAAAUUUUUGUAAGUAUUUCUGGAAACUAUAAACAAAACUACAUCAGCUGAUCUACUUUAUUUCCACCCAAGCAGCUAAUUUUCUAUGGCCCAUUUCACGUCACUGCCAUCCCUAGUUUUAUGCAUUUUGUCCAAGAUAUACUUUUGGUUUUCAUUAUAUCAGAGUAAUAAAAAUAAAGUAAUUUUCCCAUUUUUUGUAUACUUGGCAUUUUGGUCUUGUCCACAUAAGUGAGAUUUGAUGUGUCUGUCAUCAGUAAUAGAUAAACUAAGCAAAACUGCAUAAAGGUUUUCCCUGAUUCUUGGGGAUGUAUUGUAGCUUUGUUAGUUGUCAAGGUUGGGUAGUGGUUUAAGAUAAAGGUGCUAUCAGACACACAAACUUACAUUGUAUUUUCCACAAGCUAUCGGUUCUUGUAUUCUACUACCAACCAUCAGACUUGACCAGGGAACUGGUCUUGCAAAUUAAACAUAAACUUAAUAGA